AUGAUAGAGGCUUUCCAAUGUUGCUUCGCCCUUCUCUUCUGUGUCUUCCAAGUGUACUACUCCGCGCACGAGCCCUUUCGUGGCAAUCAGAACAUACCCGUUAUCGGUACGCUGACCACCAGCGUCGUCUACCUCGGUGCUCCUCUACAUGAUCUGGAUAGGCUGGGCUGUAUCUAUAUUGAGCCUCGGGGCGGUCAGCUUUGCAGAAACGAGUAG